UCGUCGCAGACAGGAUGUCACGUUCUACGUCGCUCCUCCUGUCACAGUCUCCUCAGACACAUUGUGUGACACAGAUGGAGCGCCAUCGGCUCACCUUAUAAAACAAAGAAAUUAUUUCUCUUCGCCUUGUCAGUCGCUUGGGCGGUGUGUGGUUGUCGUCUGCCUGACUGGAGGACACAAGGAAGAGAAGUACUUUGAGUGAUACAGGCAGGCCUGGAAAAUGAAGAUCCUUGUGUCUACACUGAUGUUUUCGAUGGUCAUACAGACAACAUGGAGCCACACAACACCGCCACCAUCACCAGGCGGUAGCGCUGGUUUCGCGGACGCGAUGGCGACUGGACAUGCAUCAGGGGGAGGGACAGGAGCAGUACCAGACCCAGCAGCAGCAACAGCAGCAGAUAUUUGCUUCAUUGACCCGAGAAUAUGCGAAACUCUCAGAUUGAGGGCACCUGCUUCAAAGGCCAUUACUGGAACUGCACACGGCCCAGGAACCACCACGGCCAUACCACCCAUGAUCACGCACACCUUCAACUUUGGAUACCAGCCCCCACAGACCCCACCGCCACCGCACGGCCCCUCCUUGCCUUUCCUUGACUUUUCAGCCCCGAUUCCGGCUCCGGCCCCUACCCCAGCCCCCGUUCCCGCGCCGUCCGGCUCGUACCUGCAGCAGCUGAUUUCGUCCAUGCCGCGCUUCAGCGUCGCCGACGUGCCGUCGGUUUUGGAUCGCGUGCGGCAGAGGAAGCAGGAGUUGUCCUUACUGGGCAAGCCCAUGACAGAGCAGGACGUCGGGCAGGUGCUGCUGGACUUCCAGACGCAGCGGUUCGCCACCAGCGCCGUCAGCAGCGGCGGCGGCGGUACCUACGGGGGACAAACGUUCGGCCAGUACCCCAGCCCCAGCCCCAACUACGGCCAAGCCCAACCCACUUCCGGGUACGGCCUAGCUCAGCCCGCUCCGGGAUACGAUCCGUCUGGCUACGGCACCAACUCAGUUAUGAACAGUCCCUUCAGUCCCGGCAGCAGUUUCUCUUCGGGCAGCACCUACAGUUCUGGCAGUGCCUCCAGCGGUGGAGGUGGAAGUGGAAGUGGUUAUUCCCUUCUUGGGGCCCCUGGAGGUCAGACCUCUGCGUACGGGAGCAGCUAUCCGUCAUCUAGCAAUCCUGUGGCAGGUGCUCCGAGUUUCGGUUCGGGUGCGACCAGUGGGUCUCAACAGGGGGGCACGUCGUACACCCCACCCGACUGGCAGAUGCACGCCUUAAAGGAGGCCGUGCUUAGCCGCCCGAACCCCAACUACCGGCCAGAGAUGGGGGGAAUGUUGAACACAGGGGGUAGCGGCUCCAUGGCUCCUGCCCCUACUCCGUCCAAGUACACGCCGCAGCAGCAGCAGCAGCAGAACAACAUGCUAUAUCAGCAACAACAGUCGGCCAACCAACCCAGCUUCCAGAUGGCGAGUAGGGGAGGGACAGGAUUUACGCCGCAGUUCCAGCAGUUCAGAGCCCCGACACGGACACAAACGCCAACGCAAGCGCAACUCAACCUACUGCAAGGGUCGCGACAGCCCAGCGCCGGCACGAUGUCCAACCCGCUGGCAGGCUUGCUGCAGCAGCUGGGGCUCGGCGGCGCAGCAGGAGGCAUGCAGAACCAGCAACAGCCUGCCGCAGCCAACGACCCCAUCAGCGCCAUGCUCAACCAGAUCAUGUCGCCCAACCCCACAUUGUCUGCCUCCAGUCCCUUAGCACUGCUGGGAGGAGGUGGCGCUGGAACAGGGUCUGGCACCGGUGGUCCUGACCUCGGAAUCUUCAAUUUACUAGGCGGAUCCGGUGGAGCUUCGAAUUCUCUGCUCGGGGGAUCUCCAAGCAUGCAGAUGCCAGGUUCUUUUGGUGCCAACGGUGGUUUCGGUGGAGGUGGCCUUGGCGAUAUGAGUACUUUUACCUCCGGUUCCCUACUGAACACUUUACGAAACGGCCAGAGAGGCGGGAUGGGAGGUUCGCCAUUCGGAGGGAAUGGGCCGUUGGCAUCAUUAGGAAUGGGCAUGCCUCAGCCGCAACAAAAUCCUAUGAUGCAAAUGAUGCUACCAAUGAUGAUGAUGCGGGGAGGAGGAGGAGAAAGUGCCAUGAUGGCCUGGGCCAUGUCGCAGAUGUUUGGUGGCGGUGGUGGAGGCAUGGGAGGCAUGGGAGGCAUGGGCGGCAUGGGAGGCAUGGGUGGCAUGGGAGGCAAUCUCAUGUCCAACCCACUUGUAUUAAUGGCAAUCAUGCAAGAUGGUUUGGGAGUAUAACAAGCUGCAAGUUCCUUUUCUGUUGUCUUUCGAAUGCCGUACGGGAACUGCAGAAUGGUUUACUAUAUUAUCGCCUGCAACUGUCACUUGUGUACGUGUAUUGCUGCAUUCUCAUCAGCCUUUACGAAAACAAUAAAAUUAUAAAAGAAA